AUGACUGAAGCGUUGGUGAAGUAUAUGGAAAAACUAGAUGACCUACCGCCAUUUGUAUGUAGGAGUGCAGCAGAACUGCGCGAAUUGGAUGAAAAGGUUGAAAAACUCGUACGUGAGAUAGAACUUCGUGUCGUUGCUCAAGUAAAGAAUUUGAAAAAGUUCACUAAAGAACAACGAUUGAAAUACUAUAAGGAGACACAGGCCAUGUACAAGGAGGUAGACAAGCUGGGUGAGAGAAAAGUGAAGCUUGCUCAAAAGAUGUACGAUACCGUUGAUAACCACAUUAAAGAGAUGGACCAGCAAAUUACAGAGUUUCACGAGGCACAGCGAAGAAAAUACAAAGCCGAACAUGGUGUAAAUCCAGGACCUUCAAAUUCAGCAGAUCAAAGAAAACGGUCUAAUAUGUCAACAAUAAGGGUUGACAAGAGGAAGAAGCCUAUGGAUGUGAAAACUUCCGAAAACGCGCCUUUUGUGGACCACUUCAAACAAGCACCUCUGACCUCCGUUGAUAUGCCAGUCGACCCGAAUGAACCCACGUACUGCAUCUGUCACCAGGUAUCGUUUGGGCAAAUGGUCGCUUGUGAUGGUCCGGAUUGUAAAAAUGAGUGGUUCCACUUCCAGUGCGUAGGUUUGACUUCGUCUCCCGUCGGAAAAUGGUACUGUGAUCAAUGCAAGGAGGCUAGAAAGAAGAAGAUGAAGCAGUGA